CAUAUGUUCUGACUGGAGUUGGUUUGGCUACUUCAAUAAUUUAUUGACAUCCACACGAAAAAGGGUUGAAGAGAAAAAGCAACUCAUGAUGAUUUCUUGUUGAUUAAACUCUUUGGUCUUCUUGUGCCAAAUGAAUUUUCCCCACUAAGCAACUUCUUUUCAAACAAACCCAUUAUCUUCUGCUUCUUCUUCUUCUUCUUCUUCUUCUUCUUCUUCUUCCUCCAGAUUCAGUUUGUAUCCAGGAGACGGGUCAAAUUUGAGGUUCUUGUAGGAAACUUUUAGUUCUUACAUCUCUAUCAAAUCCAGAUUUAGUCUACAUCCAGGAGUGAUUCUUGUAUAUACUCUCUGGAUCUUGUGAUGUUCUUUAAUUGCUUCAGAGUUCUUGAUAAGUGCAAAAGAAAUGAUCGUCUUGGUCAGAAAGAAGCUGAAGAGAUUUGCACCGACAAUGUGAGAGUCUUUUCAUAUAACUCAUUAAGAUCAGCCACAGAUGAUUUCCAUCCAUCUACCAGAAUCGGAGGUGGUGGCUUUGGCGUUGUCUACAAGGGAGUAUUGAGAGAUGGUACACAAGUAGCAGUGAAAUCACUUUCAGCAGAAUCUAAACAAGGCACACGCGAGUUCUUGACUGAGAUCAACUUGAUAUCCAACAUUCAUCAUCCUAACCUUGUUAACCUCAUUGGCUGCUGCAUAGAAGGGAACAAUCGGAUUCUCGUCUAUGAGUACCUUGAGAACAACAGUCUCGCUAGUGUUUUGCUCGGUUCAAGGAGUAAGUAUGUUCCACUUGAUUGGUCCACAAGAGCUGCCAUUUGCGUUGGGACAGCUUCCGGCUUAGCUUUCCUUCACGAGGAAGUCGAGCCUCAGAUGGUUCACCGCGACAUCAAGGCGAGUAAUAUCUUACUAGACCGAAACUUUUCUCCCAAGAUUGGAGAUUUCGGGUUGGCAAAGCUUUUUCCAGACAAUGUCACUCACAUUAGUACCCGAGUCGCUGGAACAGUGGGAUACUUGGCCCCAGAAUACGCACUUCUAGGUCAGUUAACAAAAAAGGCAGACGUUUACAGCUUUGGGAUACUUGUGCUUGAAGUCAUAAGUGGUGGUAGUAGCAGCAGAGCGGCCUUUACAGACGAGUUAUUGGUUCUGGUCGAAUGGGUAUGGAAGCUGAGAGAAGAAGGGAGGCUACUAGAGUGUGUGGAUCCAUAUCUUACCAAGUUUCCUGAAGCAGAAGUGAUACGAUUCAUCAAAGUAGCUCUAUUCUGCACUCAAGCCGCGGCACAAAAGAGACCAAACAUGAAGCAAGUGGUGGAGAUGCUUAGCAGGAAAGAGAUUAAGCUCAACGAGUCUGCCUUAACGGAGCCUGGUGUCUACAGAGGUGUCAACAAGGGAGGCAACCACCGUGGCCUCGGUCUUAGAGGUAGCAGCUCACAGGAGAGCUCAUCAACACAAGGUUACAAAGGGAAAAGCCCAGCUGUUAAUCAAGGAUCGUCGUCGGCUUCUGUUAUUUCGUUUCAGAGCAUUUCAGAGGUGGCUCCUAGAUGAUUAUGAUUAUUUCUUUUGAUAGAGCAGAUGCAUAUAUUCUUGAGUGUAUUAAUUAGUUUCUGAUGGAUUAGUAUAUCUAAAUAUAGAUAUAGUAGAUCAAAUACCAAGAGAGAAAUAUUAUUAAUUCAAUAAGAAGUCUUCUGUUGUGAGUGGGA